GUCUUUGUCUCUUUGGCUAUAUAUACAUUGUGUGAACAGAACACACAACACACUACUUAGUUUUCUUUGCGUUUAGGUUUUGUUUUCAGACAACAAUGGCUGGGACUGGAUUGUUUGCAGAGAUUAUAGAUGGAGAAGUCUACAAAUACUACGCUGAUGGAGAGUGGAAGACUUCUUCCUCUGGUAAGAGUGUUGCCAUCAUUAACCCGGCUACAAGGAAGCCACAGUACAAGGUUCAAGCAUGCACGCAAGAAGAAGUGAACGCGGUGAUGGAGAUGGCGAAAUCUGCUCAGAAGUCGUGGGCGAAGACUCCUCUUUGGAAAAGAGCUGAGCUUCUUCACAAAGCUGCUGCGAUCCUUAAAGAUAACAAAGCUCCCAUGGCUGAGUCUCUUGUCAAGGAAAUCGCUAAACCCGCCAAAGAUUCUGUUACUGAGGUUGUUAGGUCUGGAGAUUUGAUCUCUUAUUGUGCUGAAGAAGGUGUUAGGAUCUUAGGUGAAGGGAAGUUUCUGCUAUCUGAUAGUUUCCCCGGUAAUGACCGUACUAAGUACUGUCUCACUUCCAAGAUUCCUCUUGGUGUGGUUUUGGCUAUUCCUCCAUUCAAUUAUCCGGUCAAUCUCGCUGUAUCAAAGAUCGCUCCGGCUUUGAUCGCCGGGAACUCCCUUGUCCUCAAACCUCCAACUCAAGGAGCUGUUUCUUGUCUUCAUAUGGUACAUUGCUUUCACUUAGCCGGUUUCCCUAAAGGACUUAUCAGCUGCAUCACUGGAAAGGGAUCUGAGAUUGGCGAUUUCCUCACUAUGCAUCCUGCUGUUAACUGCAUUAGUUUCACGGGUGGUGAUACCGGAAUCUCAAUCUCUAAGAAAGCUGGUAUGAUCCCUCUUCAAAUGGAACUUGGAGGUAAAGAUGCAUGCAUUGUCUUGGAGGAUGCUGAUCUUGACUUAGUUGCUUCCAACAUCAUCAAAGGAGGAUUCUCUUACAGCGGUCAGAGGUGCACUGCGGUGAAGGUGGUACUAGUGAUGGAAUCAGUGGCAGAUGAACUUGUUGAGAAAGUGAAAGCUAAAGUGGCGAAACUCACGGUUGGACCGCCUGAAGAUAACUCCGAUAUCACAGCCGUGGUAUCGGAAUCUUCAGCUAAUUUCAUUGAAGGAUUGGUGAUGGAUGCUAAGGAGAAAGGAGCAACGUUUUGCCAAGAGUAUAAAAGAGAAGGUAACUUGAUUUGGCCGUUGCUUUUGGACAAUGUUAGACCGGACAUGAGAAUCGCAUGGGAGGAACCAUUCGGUCCUGUUGUGCCUGUCUUGAGGAUCAGUUCUGUUGAAGAAGGGAUCAAUCAUUGCAAUGCUAGUAACUUUGGCCUCCAGGGAUGUGUAUUCACUAAAGACAUCAACAAGGCCAUACUGAUCAGUGAUGCAAUGGAGACAGGAACCGUUCAGAUCAACUCUGCACCAGCUCGUGGACCGGACCACUUCCCUUUCCAGGGACUUAAGGAUAGUGGAAUAGGAUCACAAGGUGUGACAAAUAGCAUCAAUUUGAUGACUAAAGUGAAGACCACUGUCAUUAACUUGCCAACACCUUCUUACUCUAUGGGUUAGUAUCCCUUUUUUCUAUAAUGUCCAUCAUCUUAGAACCAAAUCAAAUCAAAUCCGUCGUGUUUGUAUCGGAUUAAAUCGAAAACUGCGAAUAAAAGGGAGUGAUUAGUGUAACUAUGUAUUAUGGUUUGUAAGCUUUUAUGUAACCAAAUAAGAGGAUAUUAUGGAAAGAUGAGUGAGAGAGCUUUGGUUGUGUUGUGUUUUUAUAACAGGGGACGGUUUCAUCUCACGACUGUGAUGUUUCGAGCACACAAAGAUCCAUUUGAUAAAUCUUUGGUUAAUGGUUAUAACUUGAAAUAAUUUUGUUUU